CGGAGGAAGGGGGGGCCGGCCCGCGACGCAUGCGUCACGUAAGCUUGUGUGCGGUUGCCGGCGCCUCCUCGCCUUUAAGCGGGUGGUUUAGUGUCCUCCGUCAGGAGGCGAGGGAAGGGAGGGGGGAACAGCGCCUGCGGUGCAGAGUGCGUGGCUGGCUCGGCGCGGGCCGCUCGUUCCCGCGCGGCGAGGAUGUCUGGCUGGGAGCGGGAGAUGGACUUCGGGCCCGGCGGCUCGGGGCGGGGCGGCGCGGGCGACGGGCGCAUCUACGUGGGCAACCUGCCGGCCGACGUGCGGGAGAAGGGCCUGGAGGAGCUGUUUGUUUGCAGAGAUGCAGAAGAUGCAGUUUAUGGGAGAAAUGGUUAUGAUUAUGGUGAAAGCCGACUGCGUGUUGAAUUCCCCAGCCCCUCCCGAGGUCGGGGUGGAGGUUUUGGUGGGGGGCUGCGUGGGAGGAAUGGCCCUCCAUCACGACAUGGCUUUUUUGUUUAUGUAGUGUCUUAUGUUUUGUGUUCUCCAUGCUUAGGGCUUCCUCCAUCAGGCAGCUGGCAGGACCUGAAGGAUCAUAUGCGUGAAGCUGGUGAUGUUUGUUAUGCAGAUGUUCAGAAAGAUGGAAUGGGUAUAGUUGAGUUUCUCCGCCAGGAAGACAUGGAAUACGCACUGCGUAAAUUGGAUGACACCAAAUUCCGCUCUCAUGAGGGUGAAACUUCCUAUAUCAGAGUCUGUCCUGAAAGAAGUACCAGCUAUGGCUACUCGCGGUCCCGUUCUGGUUCAAGGGGUCGCGAUUCUCCCUACCAAAGCAGGGGAUCACCACGCUACUCGUCCCCCUUCAGGCCAUACUGAUUGCAUCCCACAGGGACUUUUUAAAAAUGUGAACUGAGCCUCCUUUUUGCUCAGAAUUUACAUUCCAAAACUGAUGGAUAUAGUUUUUCGUAGGAGCUCUUUGUUUUUCCUUUUUAUUCAAUAAAAGUCUUUUUUUAUGACUUAACUGUUUUUACUAGGGAAAUAUUGGAAACUAGAUAUUUGGAAGAUCUGCAGCUUAGUUUUGUUUUUGGUUUGGAAAAUGUCAAGUGUACUUUUUUUUCCCUCCUGAGGAAAAAUAAGCUUGAGAAUUAGUGCAGUAUCUCUUGAUGGCUUGUCUACAGGAUGGUGAUAAAAAGCAAUGGAGUGACUGUAUGGCUCAGCCUGUUGUGUAGAAAUAUAUUUAAAUGUUUUAGUAA